GACGGACGCGGCGCCGGCCGUGCGCGUCGUGUCCGGCGUUGCCAGCAAGCCGAUCCGCGUCGACAACUGGGGCAACUUCUUGGCGCAGCGGAUCGAGGCGCUGUACGACAAGCAGGAGCACUGUGACCUCACGCUGCGCUUCCCGCACACGGACCUGAAGGCGCACAGCCUCGUCCUGCAUGCAUGCACGCCGUUCUUCACGAACCUGCUGAAGGGCAAGACGAGCGGCCACAAGAUAUUGAAGAUGCCGCCACAGAUCAGCUCCACGGCCAUGGGCAUCAUCCUCAAGUUUGUGUACACAGGCCGGCUGGAGGCGCCGUUCAGCGUCGACAUGCUUUACAACACGGCCAAGCUGCUGAAGCUGCAGAUCCUGAUCCGCCUGCUGGAGGCGCAGAUGAGCAGCGCCGAGGCGACAGCCGGCGCCGACUGGGCGCGCCCGCGCGAGGUCGGCUCGCCUGGCCGCGCCGCCGUCGGCCGCCCCGCCAGGCCACAGCAACAGAGGAACUCCGUGUAUCAGCCCACCAAUUCGCAGCUGGCUGCCAAACGCAGCAUCGUGCGCGCCGCCGAGCCGCCGGAGGAGGCGCGCCCGUCGCGGUUCGAGUUCCCCGACACGGACGAGCUGGAGCUGCACUCGCGGCUACCGGUGCUCGACUCGACGCUGUUCGAGACGCUGCGGCAGACGCCGGUGAAGCGGGCCGCGCCACAGGAGAACGGCGGCGAGAAGCGCGCCCGGCUGGAGGCGGCCGACGCCGGCCAUGACGUGCAUGUGCUGCGCGAGUACUACGAGGAGCAGCGGCGGAGGAUGCGGAGCCAGUGA